AUAAAUUUCUCAAGCCGACAUUACUCCAGAAGAGUAUGACAGCGGCGUUAUGACACUAUCGGCUAUUGUUUGGCCCGCGGUUUUCAGCCACACGCGGCAGCAGUGGUUAGGUGCGUUGACAAUGUUGUUGUCCAACAAUAGCCCGUCAUCAGCAGCAGCGCACACGUACGCGACGUCAGUGUGUAUGUGCGCGUCCAACUUUGCAUAAAUUUAGGUGCCAAGUGGUAAACAUAUAAACAUUUGGGUUGGUGUAUGUUUGCAUUGUUGGUGUUUGUGUGAGGGGUGCUAGUGCUAAAUAUUAAUUAUACAGGAAUUUUGCGGGUUGCAUACCAUUAAGGCGCAGUUUUGGGAACGAGCUUCUGUCAGUUGCAUGAAUUUUACAGUUUUACAAGUGCCGAAAUUGGCAUACAAUUAACGGUAUGUCUAAUUUGGCGUUGGAUUCAACUGCAGCAAUUCAAAUUUACAUUUUUGUCGCUCAAAAUGCUUGCCAAUGUUUCUAUUGUCUACAAAAACUUUCAUGUUAUUCAAAAACUGUCAAAACUUCCCACCUCUUUCCCACAACCUUGACUCAGUUUGCUGGCGCAAAACAGAACAAUUUAUUCCAGAUCCAAGCACUGCAGUGCACUGUUUGUCACCGGUGUUACGAUUCCAGCUAAUCGUCGUCUAACCUGACAGUUGUCGGUUGCUUUCAUUGCCGGUCAGUCUCGGAAGCGGAAUGACUAAACCAGCGGCGCGGUGUGGCGCGAACUUUGCAAACCAUGAUUAAUUGUUGUCUAAGUCGGCAGCUGCGCCUCAACGCGCCCGGGCUAAAAGCUUCAAGCUUACCUCUAUUCUCCGAGGACACCCGCCACUACGACCAUCGAAUGGUGGAGCGCGGCAUUUGCGUCCAAAACUGCGAAAAGUUCCUGUACGCAGGGGAGUCCCACCACGAGGGGGAUCACUCGUACGCCGAACUGUUCCGGGCCUGCAUAGGGCAACAGCUGAAAGAUGGUUACGACCUGCAGAUUGAACCGGAUGUUCAGGUGUACUACUGUUACAACAAGACCAAUGAGACACCGCCUUUAGAUGUUCUCGGGGUAAUCUUCAUCCUAGUCGUAAUCAUUAUCGCCAUCCUGGUGAUCUACUCCACCGCGUACGAUCUGACGCUGCAAACGGCUCAAAAGUUUCCCCAAAAUUACUUCUCAACGCCACACAAAACUAGUCAAGAUAACUUAAGGACGGCCUUCUCCUUCCCACGGAACAUCCGUCGACUACGAGAACCCUUGAACACGGAAAUCCGUCAAGAUCUAAGCUUCCUUGAGUCGUUCCGCUUCAUCCAGAUGAUGCGGGUCGUCCUGCUUCACAUCGUGCUAGCGCUGGCCAAGAUGCCCAAGGUCAACCCGGACGCUACCGAACACAUACUGCACCGGCCGCCGGUCAUGCUGUACGUGGCCGAGUUCCAGAAUUACGUCCAGACGUUCUUCUCGAUCUCGGGCAUGCUGCUGACGAUCAACUUCCUCGAGCACACCCGCAAGAACCCCCACUUUGAGGCCCGGUACUGGCUGGACCGGUUGCGGGCCCGGUUGUACCGGAUCGUGCCAGCGUACGCGUUCAUCCUGCUGCUGGAGGUGUCCAUUACGCGACGCUUUAUGGUCGGCCCGCUGGCCCAGCAGAUGAUUGGCGAGUCGCAGACCCAGUGCCGCAAGUGGUGGUGGAACAAUCUGCUGUUUGUCAACAACUACGUCGCGCCGGAGCAACCGUGCCUCCUCCAAACGUGGUACCUCUCGGCGGACAUGCAGCUCUUCCUGCUCGGAAUCACCACCCUCACGCUCAUCUGGCGCUGGCCACCGCUAAAAAAGUACCUCCUCACCGCCGGCAUCCUCUGGGGCAUCUGCUGCGUCGCCAUUGUCACCUACGCCAAGAACCUCCCCCCGCUCAUGUCCAAAAACCUCAAACUAUACAACGACUACAACUUUGGCCACGGCUACUUCCAGCUGUACAUCCCGUUCCACAUGAACAUCACCGUGUACUUUGCCGGAAUGUGGGCCGGAUUUCUGUACUACCGCUUCCGAGAGGCCCGGUCCUCCUUCUUCAAGCUCCAACUCCAAUGGACGGUCCUGUGGAUCCUCAUCGUGCUGUACUUCCUGUCACUCUUCACCGGGGCGUGGGUAGUCCAGAACCAAGCGACGCUGCCGGCGCUCUUCCUGGCCCUGUACGCCACCUGGUUCAAGCACGCUUGGGGUCUACUCAGCACGAUCAUGCAGCUGCGGACGGCCCUGUCCAUCGCACGGUCCCGCUUCCGAACCUUCUUCAGCCAUCCGAUCUUCGCGGUACUCGGAAAGCUUUGCUACAGCUUCUACCUGAUCCACGUGACCGUGAUCAUGCAGGUGCUCGGAUCCGCCAAGCAACCGAUCUACUUCAGCAUACGGGGUAUUGUAAGUACCAAUUUGUCUUCAAAUGUCGCCAACGAGUGUCUAACCUCAAUCUCCCAUCUUAGUUCGACUUCUUCCUAACGAUUUGGAUGAGGACGUUUCUGUACGGUGCAUUGCUGUGCCUGCUGAUCGAACUUCCGGCGAAUGUGGCAUUGAAGGAGUUGUUCGAGAGUAAAUCUAGCAAAAAGAGUCCAGUGCCGACUAGUGAAAAGUAACACAGAGUGAAGGAUGACUGAAGUAGCAAAUUUAAAUAUGGAAAUAUACGUAAAAUUUUAA